AUGUUUUCUAUUAAAUUAUUAUUUUUUUGUCAAAUAUUAUUUUUAAUAUUUACUUUUUGUUUUUCUGAUUAUAAAAAUAAUCAACGAAUUUUGGUUGAAUCCACAGAGGACAACAAAAAUGAGGAUAAAAGUUUCAAAAUAAAAUUAUUGAGCAUGGAGAUGGAUGUAAUGAGAGAAGAAAGGGGACCAUAUAAAAUUGGAAUUUUACUUGAAAUUAAUGAAAAAAAUUUGAACAAUAAAUUUUUUGUAAAUCCAAGUUUAUACGAAUGCGAUUUAUCUAGAGAUAUUUCCACAAAAAUUGUAAAGGAUAAUACGGGUGGAGAUAGGAACAAAUUAACACUAAUUGGAAAUGAUAUUUAUGGAAGAUACAGACGGGGAAUAACUAUUUGUUUAUAUUCUGUGGAUAAUAAUAACAUAAAUACUCGAAAGGUUAUUAAUUUUUAA